CUCGCAUCAUUUCGCCUUCACGACGCUGUGAGCACUACAAGCUAUUUUCCACCUUUCACUUCUACUGAAACCGAGCUGGAAACGCUGUAUUGCUAUUAAUAUUAUUCAGAAGAGUAGGCAUCCUGCUCCUACACUCCAAGAACACGCAAGCAGAAUCCUCCACAUAUGGAAAAGGUGUGUCUUCUUCAUGAAGAGCCUGAGCACCUGCUCAUGGAGAGGCCAAAGAAAAGCAAGAGAACACAGACAGAGGAAAAGAAUAUGAAGAGCCAGAAAACAGGAACACACACUGAGAAAAGAAACAACUCUUUGCAAAAAGCAGGCCCGCUGUCGACUGAGAACCAGUCAGAACCAUCCUGCUCCUACUCUCUAAGAGCACGCAAGGAGAAUCCUCUGAAAAGAAAAAGGAUGGAUCUUCUUCAUGAAGACUCUGAGCCCCAGCUCAAGGAGAUGCCAGAGAAACGAAGGAGAACAGGGACCGAGGAGAAGAAUGUGAAGAAAAAAAAGGGAAGCGCAAAGAGACAGAAAACAGGAACACGUCCUGUAAAAAGCAACAUUUUGCAAACAGGGUCACUCUCAACUGAGACCCAAUCAGAGCCACCCUGCUCAUCCACUUUAUCCUAUAUAAAGGAUCUUAUUUAUUUACCAUCUGAGCCACAGUCCGAGGACAUGCCAGAGGAUUUUUCUCAAUGCUACACUAUUGGAAAGUGGCUGGGAAGAGGUGGCUAUGCUUCCGUCUAUGCAGCUGUUCGUACGUCAGAUGGGGAAAAGGUGGCCGUUAAAUAUGUGUUAAAGGAAGCGGCGGAAUAUUUCACCCUUCCUAGUGACACACGUAGUAUCCCUCUAGAGGUGGUGCUUAUGGAGCUAUGCAAAACACAUCAUAGUCCAUAUGUGAUAAAAAUUCUGGAAUGGUUCGAGACGCCCAAAGGCUUCCUCUUGAUCAUGGAGCGGCCCCACAAAUAUAUCACCCUCUCCAAGUUCUGUAGACGUCUACAAGGCAGAAUGUCUGAAGAUCUGGCUCGAAUCAUCAUGUGGAAAGUAGUUCAGGCUGCAAUUCACUGCAAGAGGAACGGUGUGCUCCACCGAGACAUUAAGGAAGACAACAUUCUCGUGAACCCGGAGACCCUGGAACUGAAGCUGAUUGAUUUCGGCUAUGCUUAUCUGCUCAAGGACAAGCCCUACAAGGCAUUUGGAGGCCCUCCAAUUUCCCUCCCAAUUCAGUGGAUAGCCGGAAAUACCUGGCCAGAACCUGCCACUGUCUGGGAUCUGGGUGAUCUCCUCUGUACCCUGACAUGUGGAGAAAAGCCUUUAUAUUGUUACAUCCCACUCUUCAUCCAUGGUCUGUCUGAAGCCUGCCUCAGUCUGAUAAAUUGGUGUCUGCAAGAAGACAUUAAAAAACGACCAAACUUUGAGCAGAUCCUCCAGCACGACUGGUUCCAAGACAAGUUUCCCUCCAGAAUAAGAGGAAGAAGAAGAAAAAAGAUGUAAAAGCAGACAGGAACGUUUAUUGUGACUCAGACGAAAAAUGGAGAAAACCCUAGGCAGUGAGACGCAGUGAGACGCUGGAGUUGAAACCCUAAAGAUAGUCCUUUACGUCAUCAUUCUGGAAGAAAAAAACAAACAUUCGUUUUAACAAUGUUUUUGAAUCAGGACAUACACAACUAUUUGGCCGGUGCCCUAAACACAGAUAUUAAUGAAAUACAAUUUAGAUUUUUUUAUUUUUUCCAUAAAUGCUAACAUGACUACCAGGCAAAUGUUACGGCUAAAUAAUUUUAUUUCUUAAUUGUUUUGCAAUAUUUGUUUAACUUAUGUCUAACAUGUUUAAGUAACCGUCUUCUCUGGGUAAUUUGUAGUGGGUAGUGCCCCAGCACCCCCAUAUGGACCAACCGCCACUGUUAGGGAUUACGUGUGCGAUAUGGCAAAGGAGACCCACUCAGAUACUGCUGGCAGCAUUUAUUUACAUGCUUGGUGGUAGGCUAGACACUGGGGUCUGAUUACACUUUUGUGUAUUAUCCUGCUAAUGUAGCAAGCUCAGUAGCAAACAGCGCAUGGUGCAGUGAGGGGAAACCCACUUGGACCAUGUUUUUGAAGAUGGGGUGCUGUGGGGAAGGUCAUGUGACAAACACUGUUGAGUAGAUAACACCAAGGGAGAACUCGACCCAGUGGAGACACGUUGGAAGAGUGGAGGGAACCCAAGUACCACCAAAGUAUGCACAUUAGUAGAGUUCUCCUAAAUAAAGUAGAUUUAGGUGGUAAGUGUGAGAUAAGGCAAAGGAGACCCACUCAGCCACAUAGAUAUUAUAAUAACUUCAUUAAAUACAAAUAAAAUGAGAAAUGAAAUGAUGUUUAAUUACUAUGGGUUGCAUUUAAUAUCAGUUUGACAUUAAGCUUAGUAAGCUAUUUCCUUAGAAAGCUAUUAGCCUUUUUCCUAAUAUGGAUCAUGUUUGUGUUAGUCUACUUUUAAUUAGCUCUCUAUUGUUUUUAAGAUGAUAAAGAUAAAGAUUUUAACUCAAUUAACAGUGACCAUGAGCAGAGAGCUUACAUUUAACUGUUUAUGACAGACCUCCUGAUUAAAGCUUAAACAAAAAAAGAUUGGUAUCUGGAUCGGUAUCAGCUGUAAAAAUCCUGAUCAGAGCGUCAGUAAUGAACACCAUUAAACUAAAGCGCUUUGCAUCUGAUGGGUAAAUGAACUCACCCAAUCACAUCCUAUAUGAGAUUAUUCAGAUAUCUACACAAUAUACACAGAGCGGUUCGAGAACUGACUCCAGCCCACAACCAUGACAGUGGAAAAUGUCUAACAGUGCAGCUUUAAAUAUAUUUAAGAGGAGCAGACGUCAAACACUGAACAUUGAUGUUUAUUGUAUUUGUUUACAAGGUGGAACAGGUUAACGGUUGUUUUUUGCAUACAAUCUGUAAAAUUAGCUGAAAAUAUUAGAUUUAGUUUAUCAGACGGUGAAUGAAUUUCUCAUUGCUCACACUAUGUCCCUAAAUUCUGUCAUAAUUGACCAGCUCAAGUUUUCUCAAGCCUACUUGUGUGUUAUAUUGUGGCAUGAGAAAACAUAAUAAAUGUGAAAGUGCAAUAAAAAUAUGUUGUCACUAAAAUCAAUUUAUAAUCGUGAUAAAUAAUCGAGAUUUCAAUAU